AAAAUAUCGGCGAUGGAAAGUGACUGGUUACCUUCCAAGGAGACACGGAAGUUAGCAACUUGCUGGAUAAGCAAACGUAAACAGUAUCUUCUGUCUUAUAAAUAUUUUUUUGUAACCUUUAAAUGUAUGUUUGUAUAUAUGUGUAUUUGUGUUUUUAAUCAAUGUAUCUCCAUGUUUUUUUACUGAAUUAUUUUAAACGGCCAGUAAAUAAUAUGCUUGACUUACAGGGGUCUCAUGCCUUUACGUUUUGUUGAUAUGCUUCUCUUUGUGAAAACCUAUUUUGAAACAGAUGCAUUUUGUGUUGCAUACGGACUGAUUACUGUUGGUAGAUUUUCGAAUUUUGCUCCGUAUGUUGAACUGCACUGAAGUGUCCACAUACAAUAGUCCCUUAUUUUUAAGCAACUUCCCAUAACGACGCAUCACAUUCUGGGGUAAACUGACUUCACUCUAAUGGUGGCGUGUGAUACGUGGGCAUGCAAAUAUUGCGUCGGGCCGAUCCUUCUAACAAAACAUGGCGGAAUGCGCAAAACAUUCAUUUUAAUGGCCUAGGUGACAGAGAAAGUGUUUUUUUUAAAGUUAACUGCCGUUUCCAGUAAUCGCAAAUUGAUAUAUUGCGGAGAUUUGCGCAGGCGACAUUGUGUUGAGGAUGGUGAUCACGUGCGCAAACCGAAUUCAAAUUGCGAGACUUUGGAAAGGCGACCGAAGUCUCGCGCUCUCUUCGCGAGGGGCCGGCGUCAUCUAGCUCCGGCACGGAAAUGCAUUCGGCCGGAGUGCAAGGUCAUGGAGUGAUCCCGGUGGGACUCCUUUUAGAGAACUAUUAUUUUGCUGCUUAACCCGAUCUAUGCUAAAUCGGCGAUUCAUUUGUUUUCAUUCAGAAAUCUAAACAUUUAACGGGUAUUUAGUUAGUGAUCCGUAGCGGCUUGUUGUUUUUUCCACUGAUAAAGGAAAAAGUGCUUAAUUGGACUGGAAAGCCGCACGUUCCCCAAUGGCAUCGAAAUGUAGAAGACUUAGCGGUCCCAUAAUUAGGGAGUUGCUAGAUUCCGUGGAGAGCGUUUUGUUUGAUUGCGAUGGGGUCAUAUGGCGAGGAGAUGAAGCCAUCACUGGCGCCGCGGAUGUCAUUAAUUUGUUAAAACAGAACGGAAAGCGAGUGUUUUUCCUGACCAACAAUAGCACGAAAACGAGAAGAAUGUACGUGGAUAAAUUACGCAAAUUAGGGUUCAAUGCUUCCGAGGAGGACGUAUUCGGGACGGCUUUCUGCUCGGCGGUGUACCUGAAGUCCGAAGCGAAACUGAACGGCAAAGUGUACCUUAUCGGCAGCAAUGCCAUGAAGCAGGAGCUUCAGAAUGUGGGGAUACCACAAGUGGGGGUCGGUCCCGACCCCAUCACGGGUGUUCAGAUCGACUGGGCCAACAUCCCUCUCGAUCCCGAGGUGAAAGCCGUAGUGGUGGGGUUUGAUGAGCAUUUUAAUUACAUGAAACUGAACAGAGCACUGCAGUACCUCAGUAACCCCGAGUGCUUAUUCGUGGGAACCAACACUGACACCCGGCUGCCGUUGGAGGGAGGCAAAGCGGUCCCAGGGACAGGAUGUCUCCUGAAAGCUGUGGAGACUGCAGCCCAGCGUCAAGCUCUGGUUAUAGGAAAGCCCAGCAAAUUUAUGUUUGACUGUGUGGCCCAUCAGUAUGGCCUAGACCCAGCCAAAACCCUCAUGGUGGGUGACCGACUGGACACAGACAUUCUGUUAGGAUCCAACUGUGGCCUGAAGACGCUGCUCACUCUUACGGGGGUGUCCACAGCUGCGGAUGCAGAGGCGCAUCAGUGCAGUGGCUGCCCCGUUCGCCUUGGUAUGGUUCCUGACUACAUCGUGGAGAGCAUUGCCGAGCUCCUGCCUGCCCUUCAGGCUUAGAUCUUCCUCAGCUUCCAAACCCAGAACCUAAUCUUCUCACUCUCCACUUUACACAGUAGUAAAUAUGACAAAAGCAAUGGAACAAAGUGUACUGCAUACCUUUUAAUCUAUCUGUUAGAAUAUAGAAACUGAAAUUGCUGGGUGGGAAGACAUUGACUACUUGCCAGGAUUGGAUGAGGGGUUUAGACUGGUAUAUUGUGAAAGAGUGAAAUAAGUUUAAGUGGAGUCAGAGCGAUAAGGUCCUCCUUUUUAUGCUCUUUGGAGCAUUCUGUUCUGACCCAAAAUAACACUGUAACUUUUAACUGCCCAAAUCAUGCCAGGUGUUUUAAAAUGUCGUGUGUCUAAAUUUACAUUGUUGAAAGCAAUGUCCCUUAUCUUAAAAAUACCAUUCACCUCCCUCUGAAACCAAUGUGUUGACUAUUAUGCAGAUAAAUUAAACUCAGUUACAAAUGACAGUAUUAAGUCUGCAAGUUCUCACUUCAGUAUUGGUUUUGUUAAGGAAUAAUAUUGAGUUUUUCUAGGUGCCUAUGCAUAGUGCAAAGUGUAAACUACUGAAAAAAUUGUCAUGUCUUGUUAAUGGCUGUUUAAGAACAUUUUGGCACAUGGCCUGCAGCUUGUUUUAGUUGGGUGCUGUGAAGUUUACAGCUUGAAGGCAAAAUGCCGUAACACGCAUGAUGUUUCCGUUAAAAAAAUAUGUAAGAACAGGAAUGUACAGCUUUUCAGGUGCUGUAAGAAGCUUGCAGUCACUGCUGGUUGCAACACAUGGUUUCCUGACUUUAGAUACAGCUUGAUCAUUCCCAUUUGAAAGUGAAAGGAUUCUAAUUUAGUGAUUUUAUUUAUUUAUUUAAAAAAAUAAUCCUUCUAAUACUUAGUGGUCCUAAGUUCAGAAAGGUAAACUGGAUGCCGAAUGUGUGCACGACUGUCCGAAAAUUAUUUUUUCCCCAUGUCCUUUAUGUACAUGUGCAUAAGUGAAUACAUUUCAGAAGAUUAACCCAAAUGAAUGAAACAUUUGCUAAAUUUCUGUGUGCCACUGCACACUAUGGGAUGUCCAGAUAGGUCCCAAUGUUAUCCUCCUGCAUUACUAGAUAUUGACAGUUUAAAAACUAGUUUAUGAAACUCGCAUGCUUUUGAAAGAGACUUGGGUCUAAAGCGCGGUGAGUGAUUUCAUCAGCAUUUUGCCUUAAAUGAGCUCAACAAUGUCAAUAAAAUGAAAAUGUCUAUUAAUCAAGUCAUGCAGGCAAUGUUAUACCUGGGUUGAAAAACGUGUUUGGUGUUACAUGGCACAACUACAUUUUUAAAAGUGUAAUCUAACUUUUCAGUGCAGUCACCUCAGAUGACCCCUGGUAACAAAAGAAAGAUUUUUUAUUUGUGUUCUGCUUUCUUUAUCUCUGUAACAGUCAUGAGGGCUACUGACUGUGGGCAUUUCGGUGACGUUUGCCAUUUAUGUGGCAACGGUUUAGUUGCGUCACACUCAGGACUGAUUAAGAAACAUAUUUCAGAUGUGCAGCUCAUUGCAUUUAAAUGUAAUGUUUACCUUCACUUCUACAUGAAUUUCAUGGAUUCCACUUCCAAACUUUAUCAACUGUAUCAGAUGUAAUGUACUUCUGGUUGUUAGUGGUCAUUGAUUUCUUAUAUAUAUAUAUAUAAUAUAUAUGAGAGAGAGAGAGAGACACACACACACACACACACAUUUUUACGUAUCAGGAUAUUUGCUUUUUGUGAGAUUUCCAUGAAAGCCAUUUAAAAUCCAUUUUAGAAACGUUUUAUGAAAAUGGUUAACCUCUGAUUUAUGUAUUGCAUGCCGUAUCUGACGUGUGCUGUGUUUAUGCUUUGAAAUUCAAUUUAUAUGGCACAAGAUUUUCACAGGAAGCUGAAUACUAUGUUCACAAGUGUCACACUUAAUUAUUCCUCGUUACGAAAUUCAUACUAGAGUAUAAGAACUUUUGUCAGAAUGCCGUAUCCAUGUAUAGACAGGGAAACGAAGUUUAAUAUGGAUCAUCAAUGAACAGCUUAAACUCAAAUCCUAAUUUAAAAUAAAAAUGACUUUCAAAUAAAAAUCAAA